AUGCCGCUCGCAAAUCCUAGUAUCUGGGGACAGAGCACAAACUAUCUAGGUUUACAUCCCAUUGGAAGUGGAUUGACACCUCUGCAAUUUGCAAACAACCUCCUGUUUUCUGGAAUCAUACAGACACCUUCUGUUGCAAUGGUCGGAACCUGGAUAUCGCACAACCGUGGACUAGGAGCAUUUGCAGGACUGGAGAAAAUGGGAUUUGUCAUGACCGACGUAGCAUCAGUAGUAGCAGCAUUUGCGAUAGUUCAUGACACUCUAGAUGAGCAUCUAUCUGAGAGUGAUAGAGAGAUUCUUGGGUUCAGUCAGGGUUUUGCAACAGUCUUUGUUGAACAUCUUCUCUGCAAGGUUUCACGUUACGAGUUUAGAUGGGACAAAUUCCUCAAGUUGGCAGAAGGAGAGAUGCAUAAAAGUAUGGGCUGGAUUAGAGGAGCAAAUAGAUUGGACCCAAAAGCAUUUCUGAUCCCACUCGUCACUGGUAGCAGAGAGGCUUUGUCAGAUAUCAUUGCAUGUGCAUUAUAA